UCCUUUCUGUUUUUUCUGAAAUCUCUCUCUCUCACUCUCAUUGAUACAUACAAAAGACCCCCUAUAUACCUAUACGUAUAGUGAUGAGUGAUGUAGUAGACAGAUUUUGUAUAGAAGAAUUCAAACACCAAUGGAUGAUUGUUUGAUGGUUAUUGUGAUCAAUAACUUCAACACUCUUCCAACUUCACUCUUUUUUUCCUUUAUGUAAAUCAUCAACUAUUUUCACCAAAAACCAAAAUGGCCAUUUUAUCACCAUAUUCAUCUUCUUUCUUGAACACACUCUUUUGCAAUGAAGAACAAGAUCAUUAUGAUCAAGAUGAAAAUGAAGAAGAAUUUACACAAACCACCCUGGUAGAUUCUUCUAGUGUCCAUUUCCCACCCCUCGACCAACAAGAUUUGUUUUGGGAACAUGAAGAACUUGUGUCUCUCUUUACUAAAGAAAAAGAGCAGCAUGGCCCUUCUACUUUCACUUUUGACAAAACAGACCCCUCUUGUUUCCUUGCUAGAAAAGUGGCUGUUGAUUGGAUCCUUAAGGUUAAAGCUCAUUUUGGAUUCACACCCCUUACAGCCAUUUUAGCCAUCAAUUAUCUUGAUAGGUUUAUUUCUAGUCUCCAUUUUCAACAAGAUAAGCCAUGGAUGAUCCAACUUGUUGCUGUUAGUUGUCUCUCUUUGGCUGCUAAAGUUGAAGAAACUCAAGUGCCACUCCUCCUAGAUCUUCAAGUUGAGGACACAAAGUAUUUAUUUGAGGCCAAAAACAUACAAAAAAUGGAGCUUUUGGUGAUGUCAACACUAAAAUGGAGGAUGAAUCCAGUUACACCAAUAUCAUUUCUUGAUCACAUUGUGAGAAGGCUUGGAUUAUCUAAUCAUUUUCAUUGGAAUUUCUUCAAGAAAUGUGAAGCUCUCAUACUUUGUUUAGUCUCAGAUUCAAGAUUCAUGUGCUAUAAACCAUCUCUAUUGGCCACAGCUGCAAUGCUGUGUGUUGUAGAUGAGAUUGAUCCUCCAAAUUCCAUUGACUACAAAAGUCAACUUCUUGAUCUUCUUGAAACCACUAAGGAGAACGUAAACGAGUGUUACAAGCUAGUUAAGGACCUAUUGUAUGAAAACCACAACAAGCGAAGGCAUGAUGAGAACGAGCCAACAACAUAUCCACCUAGCCCAGCCGGCGUGAUUGAUUUCACAUGUGAUGAAAGUUCAAACGACUCAUGGGAAUUUGACUCGUACAAUUUCCACGAACCUUCGUUCAAGAAAACAAGAAUCGAUCAUCAUCCAUUCGGGUUUGGUUCACUUGUAAGCUUUGAACCAUUUAUGAACCAUUAUCCAUAGUAGUGUUUAUGAAGGGUGGGUGUACCUGCAUUCACGUUUAUUAUAAUAGACCAGUCCACUACUAAAUAUUAACGACCUGUAAUAAUAUAGAUCAAAAAUGACCCAAGAGCCAAAGUGUCCGAUAUAUGAUGGUGAGAUAUUGUAGUUGGUCAAUGUCUCUAUUGUUUUAGGUCGUUUUUAAUGUGACAUAAAUUAAUUCCCGUAAUGUCAUGUCUUUUUCAAGUAA